GUGAGAGUCCUGAAGCACACCUAACGGUAUUAUUACAAAAUUUUAUUAGACAAUUCGUGAAUUGAAAAUAAAGCUAUGCGACAUGGUCAUUUAAAUACCAUAUCAAAUAAAGAUACAUUCAAUAAGUAUGCAAGUAACAAAUACGUAUAUUAUCGGUUUAUUUGGCAUCCACUAAGUACCUAAGUAACAUCUAAGCAUGAUUUUCGUUACAAAUAGUUUGUCUCCAAAGUAAACAUUACGUAACAAAAGUGGCAAGAGCAGAAAACCGCAAGAGUGAAAGCUAAUACGCUAUGCACCCGUAACUCGCUUGCAAAUAGUGAUCGACCGAACCCUGUAACCAAAACAUGGUGCUUUACGAGCUACUUCUUUUUUGCGUGGUGAAUUCAGUACCCUCGGCAUACGCAUAUUUGGAUAAGCAACCCCAUUAUGUUAAAACUUGCAUGAUUAAACAACCCAAAGAAAUUUUUAUAAAUUGUUCAACAACUUCCGUACAAGGACUCUUUAAUGAAAUACCAAAGGGAGUACCAGAAAUUGGUUUGCAGGUGUUGGAUCCUCUGGAAGUUCCUGUUUUAAAUAUACUUCAAGGAGGAGGAGGACCAGUUACAGUAAAUGCGUCUUUAUCUAAUGUCAAGGUAUUGGGAUUUGGAAACACUAAAAUCCUCUAUAAUAGCGUAGAUCCUAUCACUUAUGAUUUUUACACGAAAUUGUCCUUGCCUAGGCUGAGGAUAGAUGGUUAUUAUGAACUUUUAGGACGAAUUCUAGUUAUUCCUUUGAGAGGAAAAGGAUCGUGUUGGUUUGAUGCCAAAAACUUGGAUAUCAACGUGAAAAGUGACGUAAUAAUGGAAAAGCACGACGGCUUCCACUUUUUCAACGUGACGAAGGUCCACGUGAAAUUCAGUAUAGGUGGUCUUAAAUUACACAUGGGUAACCUGUUCGACGGAAUCAAAGCUUUAGAGGAUUCAACGAACGCUUACCUUAACGCCAACUGGAGGCCAGUAGCCGAAUCACUUAACCCGAUUUUAUCAAAAACUAUCGAAGACAUCAUGCUGGACAUUUUGCAAAAAGUUUUUGAUAACAUACCAGCUAAUUUCUUUUUAGGAGAUUUAGAUCUAGAUUAACCUUAAUUUAACAAGGAAAUUUACCAAAAUUUAAACAGAAUUAUAUUUAAAAUCGAUGCGAUUGGUCUAUGGUUCAAUUUAAUGAACACUUUUGUUAUAAAAAAUAAAAAUCUUUACC